AUAUUGGCUGUGUUUUGUAAGCCUUUCUGACUCACGGUAAUGUGGACUGAUUGUAAACUCCAAUGUUCUUGAUGUUGAUUCAACUGUAACAUGCACGCUGUAUUUCUUGUACUAUGCCACACAGAUGAGACGUUCGCAGAAGGACUGGGGCGGUGCCUCAGCGACUGAGUUUUCGCAGGAUGUAAGUUCUCCUGCUCAUGCGAACCUGGGCUUUAGGCUGAGAAGUCGACUUCUCAUGAUGGUUUGGAACGAAAUGACUCUGCUCUCCAAAGCGCAAACCUGCCCGCUCGAUGUGCAACGUAUCAUCAUGUCUUGUCUUACACCCAGGGAUGCAGCAUGCAUGGCAUUGACCUGCAGGAACUGGUUGUACGCAUCCCGAGAGCGACUCUAUCGAGUAAUAUUGCGGGAUGGAUGUUAUGGGACCCUGAAACGUUUGGAUCGCACACUCAAUGGAUCUGCAGAAAUACGGAACUUCGUAAAGUUCCUCAGCAUUUUUGAUUGCGAAUAUCAUUGGGUUCUUCCUGAUUGGAUGACUUUGUUACCAGCGGGUAAUGUGCGACAGGUCAAAUUAUUGCUCCAGAACUCGGAUCUUUGCGUGCCCCCCGUGUCCCCCGUGUUGUCCUUGCCCUUGAUGAAUCAAGUCCACACACUCUUUUUGAAAUUCGGGUUGUGGAAAGGGGGAGUAAGGGAAUUUAUGGCUUUGCCUAACUUACGGCGCUUGUGGCUGGAACCACGGCACGUCUCCCAAGGGCAGCAGCUGCUGCUGCUGCAUCCUGUUUCAUUACCAGACUGUCGUCUGACAAUUAACGAUCCCUGGGCAUAUCAACCUUCUUCGCUCGAUUGCAGCCAUUGUCAACGUUACCGGGCUCCUGGUUCAUUUCCCCCCCUAUGAGAACAAGGCAAUGCUAGCCGACUUGGUGACCAUCCUCAAAUCCUCGUUCACAACUCUCCAUUAUCUUGCAAUCGACUUUCACUCCUACUACGGACCCCCCAUAAUCGACGAUGUCCUCCCGUACCUCCCUCGUCUGACUUAUUUGAUGUGCAGUGGUGGAUUAUACAGAGAAGGAGUGCUCCCUGACAAUCUCUCCGAAUUCCGUCUUUACACGGACGAUUGUCAAGUUAUUCAGGGCGUCUUAUGUCAGUUAGAAGCGAAGAAAAGGCGCUUGGAACGCAGCUCACCUUCCUCUCC